UUUAAAUCAGACACACAGCGCCGCUGCUCGAGCGCACCGGUGCGUCUUCUCUUCCGCUCUCGCGCUGGUUCUCAGUUUAAACCGCUCGCGUCCAGUCUCGCGCGCUCAGAGUCUCCGUUCUCGCGGAGGAGCGGGCAAGCCUCAAACAGCCCGGGCUCGUCUGUUAUUUAUUAUUAUUAUUAUUUUAAAAAGAGAAAAUCUCCUUCUCCGCUCUUCACACCUGUUUUUUUUUCAGGAGAGAGAGAAACAUAGAGAGAGAGAGAGAGAGAGAGAGAGAGAGAGGGUGGGCUUUAACGGACACCUGCCUGAGGUGAUACACACUUUGAAUUAGAACUCCGAGGAGGAACCGAUUUAAGUUUUCUCAUCUCCGUCUGUCUCGGGCUCGUGACUCUGUGGGACGUUAUUUAUUUGUUUAUUUAUCCAUUUAUUUAUUUUUUCUUUUGGUCACUGUUAAAAUGGGACCGGUUCUUGUCUCCUUCGUCCUCUGCGCGAGUCUUGUUGUCCCGCAUCUCGCGAAAGCAGCAGAGGGGAAAGAUCCACCUUCAGGACCCUGCCACCCGAACCCCUGCCACAACGGAGGCACGUGUGAAAUCAGCGAGACCUACAGGGGCGACACGUUCAUCGGUUAUGUCUGCAAGUGUGCGCCUGGCUUUAACGGCAUCCACUGCCAGCACAAUGUCAAUGAAUGUGAAAGGGAUCCGUGUAAAAAUGGAGGGAUCUGUACGGAUUUGGUGGCCAACUAUUCCUGUGAAUGUCCAGGAGAAUACAUGGGAAGAAACUGUCAGUAUAAAUGUUCCGGCCCACUCGGUAUGGAAGGAGGCAUCAUCUCCAACCAGCAGAUCACCGCCUCCUCCACCCACCGUGCUCUCUUCGGUCUGCAGAAGUGGUACCCCUACUUCGCCCGACUCAACAAAAAGGGACUGGUGAACGCCUGGACGGCUGCCGAAAAUGACAGAUGGCCCUGGAUCCAGAUAAACCUGCAGAGAAAGAUGCGGGUCACAGGCCUGAUAACCCAGGGGGCCAAGCGGAUUGGGAGCCCUGAGUACGUCAAGUCAUACAAAGUGGCCUCCAGCGACGACGGAAAGACAUGGAGGACAUACAAAGUCAAGGGCACGGACGAGGAUAUGAUAUUCCGGGGUAACAUCGAUAACAACACUCCCUCGGCCAACUCGUUCACUCCCCCUAUCGAGGCUCAGUAUGUGAGGAUCUACCCACAAGUCUGCAGGAGACACUGCACUCUGCGCAUGGAGCUCCUGGGCUGUGAACUCACAGGAUGCUCAGAGCCUCUGGGGCUGAAGUCUGGCCACAUACAGGACUACCAGAUCACAGCAUCCAGCACUUUCCGAACCCUCAACAUGGACAUGUUUACCUGGGAGCCCAGCAAAGCCCGUCUGGACAAGCAGGGAAAGGUCAAUGCCUGGACGGCUGGGCAUAGUGAUCAGUCUCAGUGGCUACAGGUGGACAUGCUUGUGCCGACCAAAAUUACAGGUAUCAUUACCCAGGGGGCGAAAGAUUUUGGCCACGUGCAGUUUGUGGGGUCAUAUAAGCUUGCUUUCAGCAAUGAUGGAGAAAGGUGGCACAUAUAUCAGGAUGAAAAACAGAAGAAAGAUAAGGUAUUUCAAGGAAACUUUGAUAACGACACACACAGGAAAAACGUGAUUGAUCCUCCCAUCUUUGCCCGCUUCAUCCGGAUCCUUCCAUGGUCAUGGUAUGGGAGGAUCACUCUGCGUGCAGAAGUACUCGGAUGCACAGAGGAAGAGUAAAAAUCCCCAGAUCCCACUUUUUUCUUGCUUGGUACACUUCAGUGCCACUUUCAGAUUCAAUAUAAACUUUGCUCGAGCUGUAUAGAGGAUAUCAAUUUCCAAUAGAGUUUGCUUUUUGUUUUUCCUUCAAAAUGGUUUGGAAAAAAGAAAGAUAUUGGGGGAAGUGGUUGCUGUUUUAUGUUUUGUACGCUAAAUUCUGACCCUAACAUUAUGUUUGUCUUCUUAAUUUCCUGUGCUUGGGGUCAUUUGCUUCAAGUUCAAGAUUUUGCCCUAUGUUUAUAGAGUCUUGUAAUUUCUGACAGGAUUAUGGGAUUUAGCUUGGGUUUAUUUCACUGUGGCUAAAGCAGUGGGAUGUUAGCCACCCAGUGGGAUGUUAGUGGGACGGUGUCACUUUUAAACAAACACUAAAAAAAAAAACAAAUUGAUAUACUAUGCUUCAUGGACCAUAAUCAAAAGGCUAUAACUCAUAACUAAAACAAAAUUGAUAAGAUGUUUAAAGCACCACUACUAUAGUAGUAGAAUUUAUGUUUCCUGCUUUCUUUUUUUAUUUUAACACCUUAUCAAAACUACAAUUACAUAAUACACUGAUGUUGUGUAGAGGAAAUAUGAUGCUCUUGUAUUAUAUAUUAAACACUGAAUUACUGCAUGGUGCAUAAAUUAUACUAGAAAUGUUAGGCAUCUAAUUCCCUUAACAUUGUAUUUUUGCUCCAUAUUAAACAUUUAUCACUUAAAUUAAUCACUUUGAAUCUGUUUUUACUUGCAUUUCUAAAAAAAAACACAUUUAUACCAAUAAAUACAAAUAUUGCAUAAGUUAAGAAAUAGAAAUUAUGAAAUUAGUAUUAGAAGUGUGGCAUAAAUGUAGCUCUUGCUAAAUUUUUCACAGAUUCAUUGAUGAUUGGAUUUAUUAAUACUAAAGUGCACUUCCAACGCAAAGCUACACUUGUAGGCUUGUCACACAGUCUAGUUGCACCAAGCCACUCUCGCACAAAUGCCACAGGAAUUUUAAUGUGCAAGAGAGAUUUAAUUGGAUAUUAUAUUCAAAAACUCUUUUUAAAAAAGUGUUGCUUGCUAACCCUCAAAACUCUGCCACUCAUAACUUUUUAUAGCUCGUGCAAAUUCUUACAGAUGUGCAAUUCUGUGAAAUUUUGUUUGUUUGAUACCUAAAAGACAGGCUAUAGAAUGUUUUCAACUGGGAAAUGUUCAGGAGGAUUUGCAGUCCUGGGCUAUCUAUAAUCUCAGUUGUAUUUACUUUGUUGCUGUUAAAAUGUGCUACUAACUUCUAUUUGUAUGUCUACUUUAUUGCCUGGUUAUUUCUUUUUUGUUGCAUUGCUCAGCUUUACUACUGUAUUUUUUCCAUUAAUGUAAAAUCCUCAGGUUAGAAGUCACAAGUCACCCCUUGGCAAAUAGAUAUUCAUCCAGUAUCUAAAAUGAGAAUAAAAAUGUGCACCCAAACUUAAACCAUCAAUGUACAAUCUAAUAUACUAUAAACAUUAUGAAGAGUUAUACAUAGAGUAUGUUUAUACAGCAUUCUUUGGAAUGUACAGUGAUGCCCAUUGGAUUGUCACUGGAAAUUCAUAAAUUUGUUUGUUCGUCUGUCUUGGGAAUUAAUGAAUUCAGGUUUAUAAUGGGGUAACUGGAAAGGGUUAAACUAAUGUCUAUCCUUAAAAUCAUCGGUUUUUCUUGAAUGCUGAAGAGGAGUGGAUAUCCCUUUUAAAGCAGGGGAAAAGGGCCACUGAGCCAUGUAAUGUAUCAUAAUAAUAUCUAAAACCAUUCAUCAUUGAUCAUUUGUACAACUUUGAAUGUGAUGUGUAAAACAAAAAAAACAAAAAAAACAAAAAAAAGAAGAAAAAAAAUCCAUUAACAAUGUUUAUUCACAGUAUGGUGACAUGAAACGUAAUCAUCAUGUACACGUAACAUAUUUUCUAACAGAUGAAUGUUGCAAGAAGUCAUAUUUGUAUUUGAUUUAUUCUGAUUUAUUAACAUCUGUAUGGAGUUAUUGAUAUAGUAAGCCUUGUCUAACAUUGCCCUGUGUUGCUGCUAACACAGGCUGUCCUGUUCAAAUGACUUGUGUGCACAUUGUAACAGUUUUUUGUACUUCUUGGGGGCUAACAGUCAAAGAAGAUAAAAACCUUGAAAAAAUGUCCAUAGGCACAUUUUUUUAAAUAAUAUAUAUACUGGUGAGUUCAAUAGUCCGGUAUUUCCAUUUUAUGUGCUGUGAAUAGUGAUGUGUAAAGCUGAUAUCAGGAUAUCCCUGUGGGCCACACAUCAAUUAUUAUUAUUAUUUUUUUGCUUCGUUUUGUGUUUUUACCUGACAACUUUUGCAAAUAAAUAAAUGUCACCCCCA